GGACGGGCUAUUGUGGCGGGCAUUGAAACGAUGGAAGUCUACACAGCACUCUGUUUGGUGACUCUACUAGUUGCCCUCCUUUCAAAAGGUAAGAGACGAGAUUCCCAUUAUUCCACUUCUUUCCUUCUAUUGACUGGUGACUGGAGUCAAGGAGUUGGUCAGGUUAUGGAAUGGUGUUGGUGUUGGUGGUGGGUGAUAUGGGCCGUAUUGACUAUUUAUAGAAUACAGGCAUAGCCAAUAAAGACAGUCAAAGUAGGAUGUCAUGUGCCUUGUGACACAGGAGAGACCUGUUAGACUGUUUUGGGCCUUGAGGGUGGUCCUGUGCCUAAUUUAAGGCAGAACGUUUACAUUUGUCAAAUAUUUGUUUAACAAGCGGAUGGAUGUAUGUUGUGUGAGCUAGGUAUAAUGUGUGUCCUUAAAGACAUUUAUCGGUCUAAAGCGGAGCAUCAUGGCAACAUAACAUAACUUCAUUACACUGCAAAAGGGACAGUGUGUGUAUAGGGUUUGUGGACCAGUUGAAGUUAUACAUCUAAUUUCAAAACAGUAAAGAAAGGGAAGGGGGGUUCGAGCCCAAGUUGUGUCACAGCCGGCUAUGACCGGGAGCUCCCAAGGGCAGCGAACAAUUGGCCCAGCGUCGUUCGGGCUAGGGGAGGGUAUAGGCCGGCUGGGGUUUCCUUGAACCAUGUUUGCCUCCGACACAUUGGUUCCCAAUAGAUAGCACAGCCACAAAGUCAAAAUUGUCUAUAUCGUAAAAAAAAUUAAAAAAUAGCUUUUUGGGUUCUAAUUUAAGGUUAGGGUUAAGGUUAGGUUUGAAAUUGUAGAAAUAAGCAGGGUUUAUGACUUUGUGGCUGUGUUAACUAGUUACGACCCGAGGGGAUGUCUUAGAGGAUGCAUGUCCGGAUCUUCGCCUCUCCGAGCCCGUUGGGGAGUUGUUGCAAUGAGACAAGGUCGUAAAUACAAAAUUGGAUAACGAGAAAAUGGGGUAAAAUUUGAUAGAAAUUACAAACAAAAUUACAGGGAAGGGGACAGCAUAAUACAAUUUAUGAGAUGAAAGGUGAAUCGCACACGUGACUUGGUGACAGAAAAAAUUACAAACCAUAAUUAACACAGAUGACUUCCCUCUUAGCCAGCUUGGCCAGGGGCCUAAUUUAUAAACGUUGCAUAAUGUCACAUUAAUAUCUGCGUACGCCAUUUCCUAAAACUGUGUGCGUGAACAAGCAUUAUAACUCCACCUGGAAAACACACUUCAUUCACCUUUAAUGGUGACAAUGUAUAAGGUUGCCAUUCAACACUCCUUCCGUAGCCUCCAACUGCUCUUAAACACUAGUAAAACUAAAUGCAUGCUCUUCAAUCGAACGCUGCUGGCACCCGCCCACCCGACUAGAAUCACUACUCUCGACGGGUCUGACCUAGAGUAUGUGGACAACUACAAAUACCUAGGUGUCUGGUUAGACUGUAAACUCUCCUUCCAGACUCACAUUAAGCAUCUCCAAUCCAAAGUUAAAUCUAGAAUCGGCUUCCUAUUUCGCAACAAAGAAUUUCACUCAUGCUGCCAAACAUGCCCUCGUAAAACUGACUAUCCUACCGAUCCUUGACUUAUGCGAUGUCAUUUACAAAAUAGCCUCCAACACUCUACUCAGCAAAUUGGAUGUAGUCUAUCACAAUGCCAUCAGUUUUGUCACCAAAGCCCCAUAUACUACCCACCACUGUGACCGGUAUGCUCUUGUUGGCUGGUCCUCACUACAUAUUCGUCGCCAAACCCACUGGCUCCAGGCCAUCUAUAAAUCACUGCUAGGCAAAUCCCCGCCUUAUCUUAGCUCAUUGGUCACCAUAGCAACACCCACCCGUAGUCUGCGCUCCAGCAGGUAUAUCUCACUGGUCAUCCCCAAAGCCAACACCUCCUUUGGCCGCCAUUCCUUCCAGUUCUCUGCUGCUAAUGACUGGAACGAACUGAAAAAAUCUCUGAAGCUGGAGACUCUUAUCUCCCUCAAUAACUUUAAGCAUCAGUUGUCAGAGCACCUUACCGAUCACUGCACCUGUACACAGCCCUUCUGAAAUUAGCCCACUCAACUACCUCAUCCCCAUAUUGUUAUUUAUUUUGCUCAUUUGCACCCCAGUAUCUCUAUUUGCACAUCAUCUCUUGCACAUCUAUCAUUCCAGUGUUAAUACUAAUUGUAAUUAUUUUGCACUAUAGCCUAUUUAUUGCCUUACCUCCAUAACUUGCAACAUUUGCACACACUGUAUAUAUAUUUUCUGUUGUAUUUUUGUUUUGUUUUACCCCAUAUGUAACUCUGUGUUGUUGUUUUUAUCGCACUGCUUUGCUUUAUCUUGGCCAGGUCGCAGUUGUAAAUGAGAACUUGUUCUCAACUGGCUUACCUGGUUAAAUAAAGGUUAAAUAAAAAAUAAAAAAUAAAAAAAUUAUUGGAAGUAUUGGGAUUAGACCACAGCAGUUUCUAAAAGAAAGAGCAAAGGCAAAUCUGAUCAAAUGUUUUUGGAGGUGUUGCCAGAAUGUUUUAAUAUUUUGCAGGACUUCUGCUGUAUUUGGCAAAGGACUGUGAUUGUUUCUAAAAGGAAAAAAACACGACAAAUUGUUGUGGACCUGUUAGCAGAAGGUUUUAAUUCAACAAUGUUUUGUAUUGACUUUUCCACCCAAUGUAAAUAUGCUGCACUGCCUACCAAUUAAGAAUGAUUGUCUACUCAAGAAAUUUGAAAGGCUAUGUCAAUGGAAAAUAUAAACUGUCUGUUCCAUUAAAUUAUAUUGUAAACCGCGCUCCGGAUCUCAGACCAAAUACUUCAAAUAGCUUAUCUAAUAACAGAUGUUAUUCUAGAACAUCACAGUCAGAAAAGCAAUGAUUAUGGAAAUAAAUAUUUCUAUUUUUAAUUAGUUCAGAUUAUCAAAGAUAAAAUAAACAGAUUUUUGCUCUUCUCAUUAACGGCCUGCUUGCAAUGCAAUACUUCAACCACUAGAAAUUGUGUGUACGCAUGGUCUAAAGUUUACGUGGAGGUAAGCACAUUUUCACCUCAAGUUCAGUUUUUUUUUUCAGUUCAUAUUUUUUAAUUGACACAUGCACAACAUUUGCGGCCUGUAUGACUGUGGUUUGUUCUUAGAUCUAAUACAUCUGUAAAGCCAGUAUCGAUGCACCUGUAAAAUGAUUGACACUUGGUCUUCCUGUUUGUGCCACUGGACCUGACGUGAAAAAGACAUACCUUAAUUAGGCCUAUCAUUUUUUCACUGACGUGCGUGUGUGUGUGUGUGUGUGUGUGUGUGGGUGAGUGAGUGCGUGUGUGCGUGCCUUCUGAAGUGUUUGGAGAGUUGAGCAAGACCAAUGAAUGGCUUUUUAACACUAGUUCAAUGAGCAUGUAAAGGAAAUGUUGUGCCUUCGGCUGACAAUGACAUAUUCCAUCUUAGUGGAAACUUGUGUCACCAAUGCAAUGCUCGUCUGUCCUUGUCUUAAGUGAGAGUACAGGGAGGAAAUUGAGGUUCCAAAGUCUAUGAACAUUGGUGGUGACUGGCAAGAUGUGUUUGUCCUCACACAAAACAGUUGGAUGGAAUAAAAUAAUAUAAUAUGCCAUUUAGCAGAUGCUUUUAUCCAAAGCGACUUACAGUCAUGCAUACAUUUUUUUUGUGUGUAUGGGUGGUCCCGGGGAUCAAACCCACUACCUUGGCGUUACAAGCGCCGUGCUCUACCAGCUGAGCUACAGAGGACAGAAUCUUUGAUAUGUUCAUUAUGUAACGCAAUGAACUUGUAGAAACAAAUCUCAAGUCUGAUUUGUCUGUUUGCCUCUUUAUGUGUUGUAUACAUUCAUUAAAAAAUAUGACCUGAUUUUAAUUUAGUGGGUGGAGACUGAAUGUGAAGCCAGCCAACCUGACAGUCACACCCACAGAGCACCCAGAAGUAAGGUGCUCCUUUAGCUGCACUGGUCUGAAAAGACAGAGUAGGUGAAAGUGUUAGUAUGACAGACGUUUAGCAGUUGGCUUAAUUUCACCUUUUAGAUGACUUCAAAUAAGUAGGUAAGGAGAGGAAGCCUCUUUAGACCAUUGAUUUGUCACAUACUGAGAAGAUUCAAAACAAUAGUGGAGGCAAGAGAAGGGUGAUUGGGGGAUCUAUCCUUUUUAGUCUUAUCAAUCACAUUUUUUCAAUCAAUCAAAUUUGAUUUAGAAAGCCCUUUUUACAUCAGCCGAUGUCACAAAGUGCUAUACAGAAACCCAGCCUAAAACCCCAAACAGCAAGCAAUGCAGAUGUAGAAGCAAUACAUUAUAAAACGCUACCAAGUAUUCUUUCAUGUGAAAUCCCCUUACAGUCCUACAGUACGGAUUACUGUUUGUUGUGACGACAUUGCUUCCUUUAUAGGAUGAUUGUGCAUUUUUUCUUGUUAUCUUUUGUUUAGAGAUUUUGUUUCCUGGUGAGCCUGUUUUUCUUUAGCUCUUAUCUAAAGAUACAGUAUAUAUUUAAUCAUCCUCUUUAUCUUACUCAUAAGGCUUUGGUCCACAAAUUAUAUUUAUUUAGUAUUAGUUCAUUAGUAUUAGUAUACAAUAUAAAAAUGUCUUAGUAAUUCUGAGAGUAAUCUAUUCUCAUAGGUUGUUUUAAUAGGUAAUGUGCUAAUUAGUGUUAAACACACAUUCUGGACAAUGUUAAGUGCACAGUAGCAUUAGGUAACACACACAGUGAUGAAACUAGUUUUGACAGAUGGCGUUUGGCUUAACAAUCCACAGACUCAUAACAAGAAAACAGUUUGACAGAGUUUGUUCACAGGAAAACUCUGUAGGGACACUAAAUACACACAUACUGUACAGUAUCGUCAGAAAACACAAUAAUCAUUCACAGCCAGCCACCUAGCCAGCCAGACAGACAGAGCUUCAUGACUGUAUGUAGCUACUAUAAAACCAAUGGAGUGCAAAGAGUUAUGAAUUACAUGUUUGCCCACAGUGUGCCAAAACCAAACUGUUCAACUGUUUUCUGCUUCUCCUGUUUUACAGGGUCUCACUCUCAGUUGGAUGGUAAGUCCCCUCGUUUUUCAAUCAAAUGUCAGUUAUUUUCCUAAUUGAACGACAUAACCAUGCACCUAUUCACUGACUGUGAGCUUCCAAUCUCUUCACUUCCUGUGUGUGCUCUGUUGUAAUCCCUUGUCCAUCUGUGUCUUUGUUAGUGUGUGGAAUCUCUCCUCUCAACACUAGGAUCGUGGGGGGUCAGGAUGCUCCUCCAGGGAGUUGGCCAUGGCAGGUCAGUCUGCAGAGAUCUGGCAGCCAUUUUUGUGGGGGAUCCCUUAUCAACAAAGAGUGGGUGCUGACUGCUGCUCACUGCUUUCCCAGGUGAGGACCCAUAAAAAACACAGGGCUCAAUUCAAUCAAAUCCGUAUUGUAGUAUUUCCACAAACUGUCACAAAGUAGGAAUAAUAAUAUAUAUUUAGAUUUUCAUGUGAUCACAUAAAACCACUAAAUAGUUUUUGGGACAGUAAAAAUACUUUGUAAACAGACUUUCCUCCCCAUGUUUUAAUUUACCAACCAAAAUGAGAUGUGGGAAGUAAAGGGAAGACGUUCGUAAAUACGAUAAUACUCAAAUAUUGCUGAGGUGGGUGCUACCGGCCCUUCAAACAUUUAAUACACUUUUUCUCAGCACCAGUACAUCAAAUUUGGUGGUCUCCUUGGGUCGUCAGAGCCAGCAGGGCUCCAACCCCAACGAGGUAAGCAAGACGGUCGCUCAGAUCAUCCGCCACCCCAACUACCUCAGUAGUACCAGUGACAACGACAUGUGUCUGCUGAAGCUCUCCUCCCCCGUGACUUUUACCGACUACAUCCAGCCAGUCUGCCUGGCAGCACCAGGCAGCUCCUUCUAUGCUGGCACUACUAGCUGGGUCACCGGCUGGGGAACCACCAGCAGUGGAGGAUGUGAGUACACAGAUAUAGCUUGCUUUAAGUACUACUGAUGAUGGAUCAGAAUUCUGAGAGAUAUUGUCUUGUGUAUGGGUUGAAUGUGUCUCCUCAGUGUCCCUGCCCUCACCAAAGAUUAGAGCUGGACGAUAUGGCGAAACAUUUAUAUUGCGAUAAAUUGCCUGAAUUGAUGCGAUAACGAUGAAUGGCACAAUAAGUUUAUAACAUUCAUGUACAACCCAGUAUUUUUUAUUACCCUUUAAACUACUACUACUAGUUUGAUUGUUGUUGCCACCAAUUUUCCCAUUAACAAUCACCCAUAUCAGCAAACUUAUUUCAUUUCAAAUGUCUCUAUCAUAGGCUACUUAUCUUAAUGAAUAAUAUCAGCAAUGCCUGUAAGUGGUUGGUAUGGUCGGUGUCGAUAAUUUUCCGUUUAUCAUCCCAGCGUCUGCUAAAUUACUAAAAUGUAAAAAUGUAAAUGCAGUGGAGGUGAGCGCACAGAUAUACUGUAGCUUGCAUUAAGUACUACUGAUGAUGGAACAGAAUACUGAUAGAUCUUGUCUUGUGUAUGUUGAGGAGGACCUUUUUUUAUGGGUUGAAUGUCUCUCCUUAGUGUCCCUGCCCUCACCACAGACCCUACAGGAGGUGAAUGUACCAGUAGUGGGAAACAGGCAGUGUAACUGUGACUAUGGAGUUGGCUCCAUCACUGACAACAUGAUCUGUGCUGGUUUAUCAGCAGGAGGAAAGGAUUCCUGUCAGGUAAAAUGCCUUUUUGUUAACUAAUGUAAAGCAUACUGUGUCCAUAAUAAGUAUAUAGGUUAUAGGUUGAGAGCUUUUGUGAAAGAGCACAGUUAGAAAAAUAUGGCAAACCAGAUGGACAUCAUGAAAAUGAUCGGAGGAAGUUCAGGAGUAAAAACAAACAAAAUAUAAUUAUUGUAAAAUUUGACUGUGUCCAUAAAAUUUAUAUAGUAUGUACAGUGGGGAGAACAAGUAUUUGAUACACUGCCGAUUUUGCAGGUUUUCCUACUUACAAAGCAUGUAGAGGUCUGUAAUUUUUAUCAUAGGUACACUUCAACUGUGAGAGACGGAAUCUAAAACAAAAAUCCAGAAAAUCACAUUGUAUGAUUUUUAAGUAAUUAAUUUGCAUUUUAUUGCAUGACAUAAGUAUUUGAUCACCUACCAACCAGUAAGAAUUCCGUCUCUCACAGACCUGUUAGUUUUUCUUUAAGAAGCCCUCCUGUUCUCCACUCAUUACCUGUAUUAACUACACCUGUUUGAACUCGUUACCUGUAUAAAAGACACCUGUCCACACACUCAAUCAAACAGACUCCUACCUCUCCACAAUGGCCAAGACCAGAGAGCUGUGUAAGGACAUUAGGGAUAAAAUUGUAGACCUGCACAAGGCUGGGAUGGGCUACAGGACAAUAGGCAAGCAGCUUGGUGAGAAGGCAAUAACUGUUGGCGCAAUUAUUAGAAAAUGGAAGAAGUUCAAGAUGACGGUCAAUCACCCUCGGUCUGGGGCUCCAUGCAAGAUCUCACCUCGUGGGGCAUCAAUGAUCAUGAGGACGGUGAGGGAUCAGCCCAGAACUACACAGCAGGACCUGGUCAAUGACCUGAAGAGAGCUGGGACCACAGUCUCAAAGAAAACCAUUAGUAACACACUACGCCGCCAUGGUUUAAAAUCCUGCAGCGCACGCAAGGUCCCCCUGCUCAAGCCAGCGCAUGUCCAGGCCCGUCUGAAGUUUGCCAAUGACCAUCUGGAUGAUCCAGAGGAGGAAUGGGAGAAGGUAAUGUGGUCUGAUGAGACAAAAAUAGAGCUUUUUGGUCUAAACUCCACUCGCCGUGUUUGGAGGAAGAAGAAGGAUGAGUACAACCCCAAGAACACCAUCCCAACCGUGAAGCAUGGAUGUGGAAAGAUCAUUCUUUGGGGGUGCUUUUCUGCAAAGGGGACAGGACGACUGCACCGUGUUGAGGGGAGGAUGGAUGGGGCCAUGUAUCGCGAGAUCUUGGCCAACAACCUCCUUCCCUCAGUAAGAGCAUUGAAGAUGGGUCGUGGCUGGGUCUUCCAGCAUGACAACGACCCGAAACACACAGCCAGGGCAACUAAGGAGUGGCUCCGUAAGAAGCAUCUCAAGGUCCUGGAGUGGCCUAGCCAGUCUCCAGACCUGAACCCAAUAGAACAUCUUUGGAGGGAGCUGAAAGUCCGUAUUGCCCAGCGACAGCCCCGAAACCUGAAGGAUCUGGAGAAGGUCUGUAUGGAGGAGUGGGCCAAAAUCCCUGCUGCAGUGUGUGCAAACCUGGUCAAGCCCUACAGGAAACAUAUGAUCUCUGUAAUUGCAAACAAAGGUUUCUGUACCAAAUAUUAAGUUCUGCUUUUCUGAUAUAUCAAAUACUUAUGUCAUGCAAUAAAAUGCAAAUUAAUUACUUAAAAAUCAUACAAUGUGAUUUUCUGGAUUUUUGUUUUACAUUCCGUCUCUGACAGUUGAAGUGUACCUAUGAUAAAAAUUACAGACCUCUACAUGCUUUGUAAGUAGGAAAACCUCCAAAAUCGGCAGUGUAUCAAAUACUUGUUCUCCCCACUGUAUAAGCUGGAAGUAGAGGCCUAAGCAUUGUUGUUCACUAGUUUACUCCAAUUAGGGAAGGGGUGGUGGGGUUGGAAAGUAAUGAAGGGAAAUAUAAUUUAAAAAAGGAUAUGUGUGUAUGUAUGUAUGUGUGUAUAUAUAUAUAUAUAUAUAUAUUAUAUUAUUAUAUAUAUAUAUAUAUGCGAGAAAAAAAACAUGGGGGAUUGGAAGUGAUGCAGACAAUUACAUUAAUGGAAGUUACAAUCUAUCUGCAACAUUAAAGCUGAUCUACCCCCUAAAAAAAAGAAAAAAAAAGAUUCAUUUUUGUUUAUUACAGUGUCAGUCAAUUACACAUUGGACCAAUUCUCCAGACACAGGUUAUACCUAAUCCUAGAAUAAAAAGUAUUUUCAAUAGAGAUUCCCCAAAAAUUCAAUUCAAAAUGCUUCUUCGUCUGAGACUAGGCUUCAUCUAGGAAACCGACCCAUUAUAUUUCAUAAUCCUGUGAAAAUUCAAUCUCAGUGACACUGUAAAUCUGUCUAUGCAUAGGGGGACUCAGGAGGUCCGAUGGUGAGCAAACAGGGUACUCGCUGGAUCCAGUCUGGUGUUGUGAGCUUUGGCAAUGGCUGUGCUCUGGCAAAUUUCCCAGGUGUGUACGCCAGAGUUUCCCCGUACCAGACCUGGAUCAACAGCCAGAUCACCAGUAACCAGCCAGGCUUCGUCACCUUCUCCUCCAAUGGGACUGACUCUGACCUCAGUGUCACCUGCGCUGGUCUGCCAUCAGUCGGAACCACCACCACCCCUACUACCACACCUGCACGUACGCACCUAUAGUCUAACUUGUGAAUAUGGCUAAACCUUGAUGUGAAUCUCUCUACCUCUGUAACAAAUCUGACUACUGGAUUACUCCCUUUUAUCUGUCUCCUCUGCAGCUGUGGUGUGUGGCAGCGCCAGCGCCUCUUUGAACUCCCGUAUUGGUGGGGGAAGCUCGUUGGCGACAGCAGGUACCUGGCCCUGGAUAGCCAGCCUACGGAAGAACGGAGCACACGUCUGCGGGGGCACGUUAGUGGCGGUGGACUCUGUCAUGAGCGACGCUAGCUGCUUCUCCAGGUAAGUUAACUCUACCUGUAUGUGAAAGGGGAGAGCAAGUAGUUAAAUUCUGGAUUAAAAUGUCAGUCCUUACAUGAUUCUAAGGAAAUCUAGUCAUAUAACCUAUAUUUAGAUUUUUCAAGGUGCCAUUACAUUAACAUUUAAUGACGCUUUCCUUUUCAAGACUCAUGCAAAAGGUUAACCAAGGUUAAUUAGUCCGACGUAGGACAUUCGUACAAUCAUUGUGCUAGUGAAAAUCCUUUUAGGGAUAGCUGUGCAAAAACACCAUCCAUGUUUUACACAACCAGUGCUGCAGAAAGCAUGGCCAUGGUGUAAUCAUCAUGUCAAUCAGUGUCUGGAUGUGACUGCAUGGGGCCAACUGCGCGACGGACCUCCGUUUGCGUCACUCUCUGCAUGGUUCUAUGUACUGAAUUUUUGGAACGGUCUGUAUACAACGCUCUGUCGCUCUGUUUGCGUAGAGUGUGUAGAGCCCUUUACUGUAAUGUACCAAAUGGGAGAGCCAUCAGCCAACAUCUCUCCAAAACUACUGUACAAUUCUGGUUUUACCAUCCUGAUCAGCUGGACAGUUUAAAGUUUUGAUACCUUCAUAGAUACAUACAGUGGGGAGAACAAGUAUUUGAUACGCUGCCGAUUUUGGAGGUUUUCCUACUUACAAAGCAUGUAGAGGUCUGUAAUUUUUAUCAUAGGUACACUUCAACUGUGAGAGACAGAACCUAAAACAAAAAUCCAGAAAAUCACAUUGUAUGAUUUUUAAGUAAUUAAUUUGCAUUUUAUUGCAUGACAUAAGUAUUUGAUACAUCAGAAAAGCAGAACUUAAUAUUUGGUACAGAAACCUUUGUUUGCAAUUACAGAGAUCAUACGUUUCCUGUAGGUCUUGACCAGGUUUGCACACACUGCAGCAGGGAUUUUGGCCCACUCCUCCAUACAGACCUUCUCCAGAUCCUUCAGGUUUCGGGGCUGUCGCUGGGCAUUACGGACUUUCAGCUCCCUUUCUAUUGGGUUCAGGUCUGGAGACUGGCUAGGCCACUCCAGGACCUUGAGAUGCUUCUUACGGAGCCACUCCUUCGUUGCCCUGGCUGUGUGUUUCGGGUCGUUGUCAUGCUGGAAGACCCAGCUACGACCCAUCUUCAAUGCUCUUACUGAGGGAAGGAGGUUGUUGGCCAAGAUCUCGCGAGACAUGGCCCCAUCCAUCCUCCCCUCAAUACGGUGCAGUCGUCCUGUCCCCUUUGUAGAAAAGCAUCCCCAAAGAAUGAUGUUUCCACCUCCAUGCUUCACGGUUGGGAUGGUGUUCUUGGGGUUGUACUCAUCCUUCUUCUUCCUCCAAACACGGCGAGUGGAGUUUAGACCCAAAAGCUCUAUUUUUGUCUCAUCAGACCACAUGACCUUCUCCCAUUCCUCCUCUGGAUCAUCCAGAUGGUCAUUGGCAAACUUCAGAUGGGCCUGGACAUGCGUUGGCUUGAGCAGGGGGACCUUGCGUGCGCUGCAGGAUUUUAAUCCAUGACGGCGUAAUGUGUUACUAAUGGUUUUCUUUGAGACUGUGGUCCCAGCUCUCUUCAGGUCAUUGACCAGGUCCUGCCGUGUAGUUCUGGGCUGAUCCCUCACCUUCCUCAUGAUCAUUGAUGCCCCACGAGGUGAGAUCUUGCAUGGAGCCCCAGACCGAGGGUGAUUGACCGUCAUCUUGAACUUCUUCCAUUUUCUAAUAACUGCGCCAACAGUUGUUGCCUUCUCACUAAGCUGCUUGCCUAUUGUCCUGUAGCCCAUCCCAGCCUUGUGCAGGUCUACAAUUUUAUCCCUGAUGUCCUUACACAGCUCUCUGGUCUUGGCCAUUGUGGAGAGGUUGGAGUCUGUUUGAUUGAGUGUGUGGACAGGUGUCUUUUAUACAGGUAACGAGUUCAAACAGGUGCAGUUAAUACAGGUAAUGAGUGGAGAACAGGAGGGCUUCUUAAAGAAAAACUAACAGGUCUGUGAGAGACGGAAUUCUUACUGGUUGGUAGGUGAUCAAAUACUUAUGUCAUGCAAUAAAAUGCAAAUUAAUUACUUAAAAAUCAUACAAUGUGACUUUCUGGAUUUUUGUUUUAGAUUCCGUCUCUCACAGUUGAAGUGUACCUAUGAUAAAAAUUACAGACCUCUACAUGCUUUGUAAGUAGGAAAACCUGCAAAAUCGGCAGUGUAUCAAAUACUUGUUCUCCCCACUGUAUAUACUGAACAAAAAUAUAAAUGCAACAUUUUACUGAGUUGCAGUUCAUAUAAGAAAAUUAGUCAAUUGAAAUAAAUAAAUUAGGCCUUAAUCUAUGGAUUUCACAUGACUGGGCAGAACCACAGCCAUGGGUGGGCCUGAGAGGGCAUAGGCCUACUUGGGAGCCAAGCCCACACACUGGGGAGCCAGACCCAGCCAAUCAGUAUGACUUUUUCCCCACAAAAGGGCUUUAUUACAGACAAAAAUACUCCUCAGUUUCAUCAGCUGUCCAGGUGGCUAGUCUCAGACGAUCCCGCAGGUGAAGAAGCCAGAUGUGGAGGUCCUGGGCUUGCGUGGUUACACAUGGUCUGCAGUUAUGAGGCCGAUUGGACGUACUGCCAAAUUCUCUAAAACGAUGGCUUAUGGUAGAGAAAUUAACAUUCAAUUAUCUGGCUACAGCUCUGGUGGACAUUCCUGCAGUAAGUAUGCCAAUUGCACGCUCCCUCAAAACUUGAGACAUCUGAGGCAUUGGGUUGUGUGACAAAACUGCAUAUUUUAGAGUGCCCUGUCCCCAGCACAAGUUGCACCUGUGUAAUGAUCAUGCUGAUCAGCAUCUUGAUAUGCCACACCUGUCAGGUGGCUCGAUUAUCUUGGCAAAGGAGAAAUGCUCACUAACAGGGAUGUAAACAAAGAUGUGCACAACAUUUGAAAGAAAUACGCUUUUUGUGCGAAUGGAACAUUUCUGGGAUCUUUUAUUUCAGCUCAUGAAACAUGGGACCAACACUUUACAUGUUGCGUUUAUAUUUUUGUUCAGUAUACAUAACCCAUACAUAUCACAUUCAUAAGCAGUGUAUAUUAUUUAAUAAAUACUUAAGUCAACAACUGCAAGUAAGAAAAUAUGAACUUGCUACAAUCAUUAAUUGUAUUCAAAAUGAUGACAAUAUUCAUACUAAAGUUAGAUGCACUAUGCAGAAAUCGCGCCGCCAUUUGCCUAAUUUCAGUUUAUGUGACAAAACAAGCAGUCAUUGUGUAGACAAUCAUUGUACCAUCUAAACCACUGUGAAAUAUAUUUUCCAUAACCAAAAAUAUGUAUUUUCAGCUGUUUGAGGCUGGUGUACAAAACUGAAAGUAAAAGAUGCAAAAACAAAACUUCAGAACGGGAAGCAGAGAAAUAGCACACAUACAAAAGAUCUACAGCUUGCUUUCAACGGGAAUGAAAGAUCUAUAAUUCACAUUUCUAUGCGAACUUGGUCGGGGUCGCCCAAAAAGUUAGAUAUUGUAUGACGGGUGCCUACCUAGGGAGUAACACAUUCUUCAUAACACAUUCAUAACCCCUACAUAUCACAUUUAUAAGCAGUACAUAAGCAUUUCAUAAGACAGCAAUCAGAAUGAAGAGUUUAGUGUCCCUCACUAAACAGACACAACUCAUUCCGUCUCUCAAGCCAGCCCAACGUCUCUCAGUGGACCGUGAUCCUGGGCCGUCUGAAGCAAAACGGUUCCAACCCUAACGAGGUAACCCUGAAUGUCCUCAACAUCACCAUGAGCAACCUGACGGGCAACAACGUGGCCAUCCUCCUACUGGCCAGCAAACCUAUGUUGUCUAACUAUAUCCAGCCUAUCUGUGUGGACCAGGGAAUCAGCACCUUCAGCACAGGGACUAAGUGCUGGGUGGCUGGCUGGGGCACGGGCCAGGGUGGGGGUAAGUGGAUGGACAACUGUCUGUGUGUUUGUGAGAAAUGUGCCUGUUCAGGAACAACCUCUAUAGCACCUAGACACUUGUGUACAUCUGAAAGAAUUGGAAAAGCAAUGGUAGUACUGUAGGUCCACCUUUCCUCUGAUAGGAUAGGUGGGAUUUUCACCAUAUUGCUUACACUCUAUCCAUGCCUCUCAGAUGUACACAAAUGCCUAGGGUAGGGGCUGGCUAGGGAUUGUUUCCGAAAAUAUACGACUUUAGGAGUAUGGGUGGAUGUGUGUGUGUGUGUGUAUUGGUAUGAUAAGUAAUACACUCUCUCUCUCUCUGUCCUCAGCUGAGCAAGUCCUGCAGGAGUUCCAGACCUCUGUGGUGGACUGCGUGAAUGUUUCAUCUUCGGACAACAUUUGCACCGGAACUGUGACACUACUGCAGGUAUGGUACAGUUGAUCUAUUAAUCUGUCCCGUCUUACUAUUUUGCUUGCAUCAUGUUAUUAUCAGCACAUAACAGUAUAACCAUAUUAACCCAUGCUUCUCUCCCCAUAGGGUGAUGUUGGUGGUCCUCUGAUGUGUAAGCAGGGCAACUCAUGGUUUCAGACUGCUGUGUUGACUGUCGGCAGCAGCAGCAGCAACACCACUAGCAGC